AUGAGUACCGAUUUUAAAGUAGUAAGACUUCUUAGUGCCCAUAUUCCGGGUACGUUUGAAGUUCUAAGACAAUCUUUUUUUCCGGAUGAAAGAGUUUGUAAUUGUAUCCGAAUUCUGCAAGAUUCUCAAGAAUUAAAAACGGAUUCAAAGUAUAAGGUGACAAAAGCCACAAAAGAACUCGAAGAUUUGGCAAUAGCUUGUAUUAAAGAUGGCGUAUCAUUUUGUGCUGUUGAUACAAAAACAAACGAAGUAUUAGGAGUUGCUCUUAACAAAAUUCAGAUAAAACCUAAACCUGGGGAACCAUGUUUUUUUGAAAAGUUCACCGUUGAAAACGUACGAGAAGAACCGACGAAAGUUUACAUGAAUUUUAUGAUCGACAUUGAUGGACGUUACGAUUUAUGCGGAAACGAUGGUACCUGUUAUUUCGAAAUUGCGUACCUCGCUGUCAAAUCGACGCAUAAGGGUAAAGGAAUAGGUACGGCUUUGGUGACGGCUUCUGCUAAACUAGCUCAAGAUAUGAAAAUGGCAAACGAAAAUAAAAACUCGACCGUGGAUUUAUACUCGGGAGGAGCGUCCGAAUAUCGGGAUUCUAAAGCACUAAAAUACGCACCGAAAUGCGUGAGCGCCAUUUUCACGUCCAGAUUUUCCCAGAAAUGUGGAGCUCGAAGUGGUUUUACCGAAGUUUUAAAAAUACCCUACACCGAAUUCGAAUACAAGGGUAAAAAAUUUUCAGAAACAACCGAUCCGGAUCAUCCUUAUUCUACUCUAUCCGUUAAAACACUAUCUUAA